UGUCCCUUCAGGGCUCCCGUAGAGCCUGCUGUAUUAGCCUAGCAAUCUAAUUUAAACUAGAAAACCUCUGAUAAACAGGCUCAAUGGCUUUAGUUUCUACUGAUACCAAAAUUGCCGAGUUGCUUACUGAACUCCAUCAGCUUAUCAAACAAACUCAGGAGGAACGCUCACGCAGUGAACACAACCUGCUCAACAUUCAGAAGACUCAUGAACGAAUGCAGACUGAAAACAAGACUUCUCCAUACUAUCGAACAAAGCUGCGGGGACUGUACACUACAGCAAAAGCAGAUGCAGAAGCUGAGUGCAGUAUACUACGCCAUGCUUUGGACAAGAUUGCAGAAAUUAAAUCACUCCUGGAGGAGAGACGAAUUGCUGCUAGGAUGGCAGGGGUUUACAGUGAUAGUGACCCACCCCGGAAGACCAUGCGCCGAGGUGUUCUGAUGACCCUGCUACAGCAGUCUGCCAUGACGCUUCCUCUCUGGAUCGGCAAGCCAGGUGAAAGUCCACCCCCUCUUUGUGGAGCCAUACCUGCAAGCAGUGACUAUGUGGCUAAGCAGGGUGAUAAGGUGGCAGCUCGUGUGAAGGCUGUAGAUGGUGAUGAACAGUGGAUACUGGCAGAGGUGGUCAGUUACAACCACUCCACCAACAAGUAUGAAGUGGAUGAUAUUGAUGAGGAAGGAAAAGAGAGGCACACAUUAAGCCGAAGAAGAAUCAUCCCGCUGCCACAAUGGAAGGCAAACCCAGAGACAGACCCUGAGGCACUAUUCAGUAAAGACCAGCUAGUCCUAGCCCUCUACCCACAGACCACCUGCUUCUACAGAGCCCUGAUUCAUAACCCCCCACAUCGGCCCCAGGAUGACUAUUCAGUGCUGUUUGAGGACACUACAUAUGCAGAUGGCUACUCACCACCACUCAACGUAGCUCAAAGAUAUGUAGUGGCCUGUAAGGAGAACAAGAAGAAAUAAGGAGGAUCGAGUAGAUGAGGGAAAAUGACCUUCUGAAGUAGCUUUAAUCCUCUGUGUGGUCACCAGCUCUGAUGUUGCCGUAUGUGCCCUUUGCAGAACUGUGCGGUUAACAGACCACAUGAUUCUGAUUUUUUCAAAUAUUUGCAAAUGACUCUUGAUAUUUGUUGACUACAAAUGUUUAUGGUGAAGAACUGCUAUUUUGGUUUAAUUAAGAUCUCUGUAAGCUUUACAUGAGAGCAGUUGUGGUCUGUGGUAACAGCUCAUAAGUUGUUUUUUUACCAUUCCUGUCAGUCUGGUGCCAAUUAAACCAGCUAAUUAUGAUCUUUAAGAAUGUAAAUAAAACAAAAAUUAA